CUCCAAGAGGCCCAAGAGGCCUUCAAACAAAGCCCACGUUUUUCUAUCUUCUCUCUCAUCUCCAAACCUAAUCAUCGGCCACUUGGAGGAGGAGGAGAAAAAGAAGAAUUCCCUAGUUAACUGAGUCACUCUAGCUUCGAGCCUUGGGAUUGAACUCCUUCAACAGAUUGUUAAAAUGUCCGGCAUCGAAACCAGAAGCCCUAGAAUAUCAUUUGAAUCCAUGGUGAUAAAGCCUCCUUCUCACCCGACAUAUGAUUUGAGGGCCGUCAUAAAGCUUGCCCUUGCCGAAGAUGUUGGGGAUCAAGGUGAUGUCACUUGUAUGGCCACCAUUCCGGAUGACAUGGAAGUGGAAGCUCAUUUCUUGGCAAAGGAGGAUGGGAUCGUUGCUGGAAUUGCGCUUGCAGAGAUGGUAUUUAACGAAGUUGAUCCUUCACUGAAGGUGGAGUGGUCCCAAAAGGAUGGAGAUUAUGUUCACAAAGGACUCAAGUUUGGCAAAGUACAUGGUCGAGCACACAACAUUGUUAGAGCAGAGAGGGUUGUGCUAAAUUUUAUGCAACGGAUGAGUGGAAUAGCAACUCUAACUAAGGCCAUGGCAGAUGCUGCGCACCCCGCACUCAUUUUGGAGACAAGGAAAACUGCUCCAGGUUUACGUUUGGUGGAUAAGUGGGCGGUAUUAAUUGGUGGAGGGAGGAAUCACAGAAUGGGUUUAUUUGAUAUGGUUCUUAUAAAAGACAAUCAUAUAUCAAUUGCUGGAGGCGUCACAAAUGCCCUCAAAUCUGUGGACUCAUAUUUAGAGAAAAGGAAUCUCCAAAUGGAGGUUGAGAUUGAAACCAGGACACUGGAGGAAAUAAAGGACGUAUUAGAAUAUGCUUCUAAAACAAAAACUUCUUUGACUCGGAUAAUGUUGGAUAAUAUGGUUGUCCCACUACUUAAUGGUGAUGUUGAUGUGUCUAUGCUUAAAGAAGCUGUGGAACUGAUCAAUGGGAAAUUUGAGACUGAGGCAUCAGGCAAUGUCACUCUUGAGACAGUACACAAAAUUGGACAAACUGGAGUGACUUACAUAUCUAGUGGCGCACUGACACAUUCUGUGAAAGCACUUGACAUCUCCCUCAAAAUCGACACGGAGCUUGCGCUUGAAGUUGGAAGGCGGACCAAAAGAGCAUAAAUACCCUUUAUCUAUGUCUUUUCUUUGCACAAUAAUCAGAAGUAGGAGACCAUUUUGCCUUUUGUCCAACAAAUUAAGAGAAAUGCAAAGCACUCUCCUCUAAAUAUUAUCUCAAUACUUGUUUUUUAA